AUGGAGCUGCUGGGCCUUGUGCUGCUGUUGGUGACUGGGGCCAUGGCUCAGGACAUCCCCCGGAUCCUGCGGGGUUUCCAGUGCCGGGAGCACUCCCAGCCGUGGGUUGCAGCGCUUUUUGAUGGGGUCCGCUUCCGGUGCACCGGCACCCUGAUACACAACCAGUGGGUGGUGACGGCUGCUCGGUGCAACACCGGCCGCACCCUGAACGUCCGCCUGGGGGAGCACAAUCUGUGGCAUCUAGACUGGUCAGAGCAGCUGACCAUGAGCUCCCGGCUCAUCCCGCACCCCCUGUACAACAGCAGCACCAGCCAGAACAACAUCAUGCUGGUGAAACUCCUGGUGCCGGCCAACACGAAUGGCGAAGUUAAGCCACUCCCGCUGCCCAGGAACUGCCCCCGCCCCGAUUCGACCUGUGUGCUUUCCGGGUGGGGCUCCAGCACCUUCCAGAAAGGUCACAAGUCUCCAGACCAGUCUCACUGCACCCAUCAGCUGCUGCACUCCGACGUCCUGCUCUGUGGGAAUAUCACAGUUCUGCCUGACACCGAAUGCCAGGUCACCCACCCCAACCGCAUCACCCCCAACAUGAUCUGUGCCGGCGUGAUCCAUGGGGGCACCGACUCCUGCCAGGGAGAUACCGGCUCACCACUCGUCUGCCAGAGGGAACUUCAGGGUGUCGCCUCCUGGGGCUUCGAAGAAUGCUCCCACCCCAACCGGACUGGCGUGUUCGUCAAGGUGUGCAACUACAUCAACUGGCUGCGGGAGACCAUGAGAACUGGCUGA